CAUUAUUAUGUUUAUCCCAAAAGUAAUAAUUGCGUCUAAUAUGAAUUCCCCCGUGAUGCAUCCACCGGUGAGUAAUUUCCAACGGCUAAAAGCACAAAAGAUACUCAAUGAAAGCAUUAACUGAGCUCCCAAAUCCUCCACCGACACUGUAUCACAUGAAACCGUACAAAACCUUUACAUUUUACAAGCAACCCCUCUCUCUCUCUCUCUCUCUCUCUCUCUCUACUCCCCUUCCCAAAUAUACCCACAACGAAUCUCUCCCCAACUACUUUUCCCACACCAAUAUAGAGUAAGAAACUCUCUCUCUACUCCCUGCUUCUCUCUCAUCCAAUGGAUGCUCUAUGGAAUUUGGAAGACAAAUGGAAGAUAACAACCCAAAAGGCAGUCUUUGCAUUCACUUGCACUGCAUUUUUGGUGUGCGGAAUCUGCAUUGCCGCAGCUAUAAGGAGGAGAGCUCGGCGGAGGCAGCUAGUGAGUCAAGAGCCGAGCGAAGAAGAUCAAGCAGAGGCCACGAAACGGCUCGAGCCACAGCUGCUGCGGCCAGGCAGCUGUGGCUCGAUAAAGAGGGUAUUGACGGGGUCAGUGAGGUGGAGCAAUGCGAGGAAGUGGGGGGAGAGGGGAUCUAGCAGGAGUCAGAGAGAGAGGGCGUCACCUCUGCUUGUGGGGAGGGGGAGGGAACGGGAGGUGGGGUGGCAGAGUCAUAACUCGAUAGCACCGGUGUGGCAGAGGCCGAUACUGAUGGGGGAGAAGUGUGAGUUGCCACGGUUUAGUGGGCUUAUUUUGUAUGAUGAGAGGGGAAGACCGGUUCACAGCUCCGGUAUAGGAACCACUGAUCAUCACCAGGAAAUUACGACAACGGUAAAGAGAACUACACUCAGGGAUUUGCUAUAGGUUCCUUCGUUUUUCGCCUGUUAUCCUCUUUGCGCAUCAAGGGACUAGUAUCACAGUAUCAGUACAGGUUUUCACUUGGAGAGUUGGGUCCAUAUUUUGUCUGCAGGAGAAGGUUUGGAGCUUUGCUAUAGCUUCUUUAUGUAACUGCUGUUGUUUCAUCUUACUUCUGCUGGUUAGUGACAUGCUUUCAAGAAUCAAGAUAUCUCAAGUAAGCAUUUUCAUCGACAUUUUCCUAACACUAUAGCCAGUGGCGGAACAAAGACUUUAUCGGGUGGGAGCCAAGGCCGAGUCUUGUCCACUUCCUUACACUACCUCUUUUUAAUGGAUGUUCAUUGUAGCGUACCUUAAAAAGAUAACAAUCAAUCAAGUGACGAGUUUUUUGGCGA